GGAACUCCAGGACAAGCGGGCAUCACAAGGAAAGGGAGGGGCUCCCGGACUCCUGAGGGGUCGUGACGUCACCGGAGGUUGACGCGUUGCCAGGCGACCGUGGCGCCCAGAGUUAGCUGCGGAGUUGAGCGCGGCCGUGCUGGGGAGGCCGCUUAGCCCGGGACUCGGACCGCUCGUCUCAACCUCCCCCCCCCCUCCAUUGCCCACCCCUACCCUUUUCCCCCCGCUGAAAUGGCUGUGGCUGCGGCCGUGGCGUCGCCUGUAGGCGUGGAGGACACGGUGCUUCGGACCCGUGGCGGGGACGCAGCGGGGGAGGGUGUGUACGUGGAGCGGGGCCCUGGCGCGGCCUACCACAUGUUUGUGGUGAUGGAAGACCUAGUGGAGAAGCUGAAGUUGUUGCGCUACGAAGAGAAGAUCCUGCGCAAAAACAACUUGAAGCCCCUGUCCCGACAUUAUUUUGCUUUGCCUACCAACCCAGGUGAACAGUUUUACAUGUUUUGUACUCUUGCUGCUUGGCUAAUUAAUAAAGCAGGAUGCCCAUUUGAACAGCCACAGGAAUAUGAUGACCCCAAUGCAACAAUAUCUAAUAUAUUAUCUGAGCUUCGAUCAUUUGGGAGGUCUGCAGAUUUUCCUCCAUCAAAGUUAAAGUCAGGUCAUGGAGAGCAUGUAUGUUAUGUUCUUGAUUGUUUAGCUGAAGAAGCUCUAAAAUAUGUUGGUUUCAGUUGGAAGAGGCCAGUAUACCCAGUAGAAGAAUUAGAAGAAGAAACAGUUCCAGAAGAUGAUGCAGAAUUGACAGUAAAUAAAGUAGAGGAAGAAAUUGUGGAAGAGGAAACUGACAAUGAAGAAAACUUUAUUGAUCUCAAUGUUUUAAAAGCACAGACCUAUCGACUGGAUAUGAACGAGUCUGCCAAACAAGAAGAUAUUUUGGAAUCUACAACAGAUGCUGCAGAAUGGAAUCUAGAAGUGGAACGUGUACUACCACAACUGAAAGUCACGAUUCGGACUGAUAAUAAGGACUGGAGAAUCCAUGUUGACCAAAUGCAUCAACACAAAGGUGAAAUUGAAUCUGCUUUAAAAGAGACAAAGGGAUUUUUGGACAAACUCCAUAAUGAGAUCAGUAGGACCCUGGAAAAGAUCAGCAGCCGAGAAAAAUACAUCAACAAUCAGCUUGAGCACUUGGUUCAAGAGUAUCGUGCUGCUCAAGCCCAGCUGAGUGAGGCAAGGGAAAGAUACCAGCAGGGAAAUGGAGGAGUAACUGAAAGAACUAGAAUUCUUUCUGAGAUUACAGAAGAAUUAGAAAAGGUAAAACAGGAAAUGGAAGAAAAGGGCAGCAGCAUGACUGAUGGUGCUCCUUUGGUAAAGAUUAAACAGAGCUUAACCAAACUGAAGCAAGAAACAGUCCAAAUGGACAUUAGAAUUGGUGUAGUGGAACACACAUUACUGCAGUCAAAACUAAAGGAGAAGUCAAAUAUGACUAGGGAUAUGCAUGCAACAAUCAUUCCAGAAUCUGCAAUAGGUUCUUAUUAAAAUUUAUUGUACUUUGUUCUCUGCUCUAUUUUUUCUUAAGUACAAUUAUUGCUUAAUUUAAAAAAUAAUUAUUAUACCUCACUGCAUCAGCAUGUGUAAGAUGCCUUAUUCUUUUAUAUAUAUUCGCUACAUUGUGUAAUGGUGAAUUUGAUGAUUUAAAGACUUUGAAAUGGAAUAUAAUUUUA